CUCAUCCUCCAAACCACACCUUCACCUCACCAAACCCACCUAGCCAUUCAUCCCAUUCCUCCGCCACCUCGCUCUUCUACAAACAAUACCCCCAUCGCCGCUACCCACCUCCUCCCAUUCCCACCCGCCAAAAUGGCCAACGAUCUCCAGGCCAUCGUGACCGAGCUCCACAGCGCCCUCAGCCGGGGACAAUUCGAGGCCGCCAACGACCUCCUCAGCCGCGCCAAGCGCGCCCUCCUGCUGCAGAAUGUUCUGAUUCCCACUCCCUCCGCACCAGCAGACCAGGUCGCUCUGGCACGCGAGGUCCUCGAGCUCGGAGCCUUGUCCUCCAUCCGUCAGACCGACGCACCUACCUUCACACGAUACUACCAGCAGCUGCAGCCGUUCUACGACCUGGAGCGCGACAACUCGAAUGCCGGCUCUGUCGAUAUCCGGAACAGCCAGCGCAGCAAGAUCACGGGCUUGUAUCUCCUGCUGUUGCUGACUAUGGGCGAUAGCACGAGCUUCCACACGGUGUUGGAGGGUCUGGUUGAGGAGGCGAGUCUCAAGGGCAAGAACGUCGAGGAUGAUCCGUUCAUUAAGUAUCCGGUUGAGUUGGAGCGCAAUUUGAUGGAGGGUAGCUAUGAUAAGGUGUGGCGGGAGACGAACUCGGAGCGUGUGCCGUCGGAGGAUUUUAAGCUGUUUUCGAAUGUCCUGGUGGGAACCAUCCGCAGCGAAAUCGCCGACUGCUCCGAAAAAGCGUACCCGUCGCUCCCCAUCUCCAACGCCAAGAACCUGCUCUUCCUGGACUCGGAGGGCGCUGUGAUCGAGUUCGCCCAGCAGCGCGGUUGGGUCCUGCGUGAUGGCCGUAUAUAUUUCCCCGUCGAGCCCGAGGCGGCUGCCCGGUCCGAGAAGGAUAUUCUCGUGGCCAGUGGCACGAUCAUCGAGAAUGCGAUCGGCUAUGCGCGUGAGCUGGAGACGAUCGUCUAG